AUGGAGUCCCUCCGCAACAACUACCCGGCCCCUCGCCGUGUCGCGACAGCCCCGAUAACGACCUCGCCCGUACCCGCCCCUCGAUCUGCUUCAGCUGGUGGCCUCGUCGAAACAUUAUACAACCAUCCAAAUGUCAAGAUUGUCGCGUUCUCUGCUGCCUCCAGAGGCCGCGCUCGGAGUCCCGGCCGUGGCCCCGCAGACGAACCUGGCACUCUGUCGCCGUAUUCGCAGUUAGAGAGGACGAUUGCAAUCGGUCCAUUUCGCAUAUAUCGUACUGGCUCCGUGGCUUUUCUCAAUUGUGGCUCCGCCCUCCAGCCAAUGCUUCCCAAGAGCCAAUGCUGGGCAUUGGAAGAAGACUCGAGCAAGUUUGUCUUGCAAAUACGUCGACCCAACUAUUGGAGAAUAGAGAUCCCCGUCACCAAUCCAACCGAGCAAGAACUAGCUGCGGCUUUCAAGGUUGUACUUGCCCAGAUAUUGCAGUUCGAAAAGACAGAAUGCCCCUUCAAGCGGUCAUUUAUCGUUGCGCUCCCCGAGAAGCCAAAGACGCCAGUGAAGAAGCGUCCAUGGACGCCUCCUGUCAAGGGUGCUCUGCCUGUCCUUUCCCUGCCAACCCAUGAGAUAUCGCCCACGCAGCCCAAGGCUCUCACACCCAAGACUCAGAGGAGGGCUUCGGCAUCCCUCAGCGUUAGAGGCCGAACAGAACUGCGCCGUUUUUCUGUUAUUGGCACCGAGUUUCAGUCAAGUUCUGAAUCGCGAGGAACCAGCACCGAGACAUCGCGGUCUGGUGACCCGCCCCGAGAACAGAGACUCGUGAGCGAAUCUGCGAUUGAGGAGGAAAAGACUCAGACCAGUGCAUCUGCCACAGAAACCAUCACAAAUGCCGAGAAAAGUCGUCGGUUCUUUGCUGAGAAGAUCAAGGCGGAAGAUGCCUCAAAUCCUCAGUCGGAGAAGAGCCGAGUUGAAUCAGGCCCCGAAGCCACUGCCUCAGGAGGCUCAUUGACAGAGCCCAAGGAGACAGGAAUGGCACUUGUCGAACUACAAGUCCAAAAGCGGUCCGAAGGCGGUUCCCAGGCCGAGGCAUCCCUGAACUUGGAUAACGAGAAGGACAAGGCGGCCCAGCUGCAAGUAUUGGAUGAGCAAAUGGAGACAACUCGCCCCACCAACGCCAUUGCCAUUGCCGCCCUGGACCCCUUACUGUUCAAGGAAGGUACUAGCAGUCCUCAAAUGCAAAACAAGAUCAAAGAAGCAUCGCAUGAGGCCGAGGAAGAGGUGCCAAUAUCUCCUGUCGACAAGGACGGCGCGGAGAAACGUGCUAGCAAAUUAAUGAUUCCGGGACACUCGAGAUCGUCAUCGAGCCCGACCGCUGAACCUCAGAUUAAAGAGCAAUUGGUUACCGUUCGGGCGACCCCAAGGUCCCCAUCUUCGUUUGAAGUCGGCACACCGACGCCUACGAACAUCUACGAUGUGAUUCGUAAUUACGAGCAGAAGUUGGCCGCAGCUCCUUCGUCGACAGCGCCUAUUGAAGAGGUCAAGGUUGUCGAGGUACAGCCUCAGGCGGAGGACACAGGCAAUGCCAGUGACACUGGAUCUGGAUCAGGCCGAGAGUCUUCUUCUGGAACCGAUGGCGAGGUUCUUGAAGGCAACGGUGUUGGCGUUGGCAGACGGAAAAAGUUGCGCAGCUUUAGAAAAGGUCGCGCUCUUGUCCCUCCCCAAUUGACUCUCGUCACCUCGCCGCCGUCAAAGUCAGCAAUGAGACAAACCCCUAUUCUGGAGGAGCAGGACGAUGCGAAGGAACCGGUGUCACCGACAGACUCAUCCGACUCGUUUCAUAGUGUGAAGUCGUGGCACUCGCCCGUGACUCCGAUCCCACGGUCACCUGCAUCGGAAGUCUCGCCCACGAGAUUCCCGUAUCCGCACGACAACAUAUUGAUUCCCAAGAAGCCAUGGCAUUAUCGCGACAUCUCUGACAUGACUGUCACUCCCGAGACUAGACGGACUUGGGACGCGACGUCUUGCCUCACGGAUGACAGCUCUCAAGAGAGCGCUGCAACCGCACCGGAUAUCCCAUCCGAAGUUGCAGGGCAACCCGACAAGGUUGCUCUUUCUGAGGAUGAAGCCGUCACAACAGCCGUUACUCGCCGCCCAUACAUGCGCCACCGGGCAACAACUAGCAGCAUCUCGGUCGGUCGCACAGCCCUGGCCACCUUGCCGUCAGCGGUCAACCUUUUCGCGUCUACGACUACUGCCACCAGACGGCAGCCAUUCCUCCGCAGCCGGCUCGACAUUGUCCGCAGGAUUCCCAUGGCUAUUGUUUCCAAGACCUGCGAAGUUCUGCUGGGCCCACCCGCCCAUUUGAUCACUCUGAUGCUCCAAGUGGCUGCGAAGAUCGCUGCUGGAGAAUGGCGCGGUAUGAUGUUUGGUUUCGGCGAGGGCGGCGAGACCAUUCCUGUGCAAUGGGACUACUCAGACGACGAGUACAGCAGCUGGGGAGAAGAUGAUGAUUACUACCUCAGUCAGGUUGAGUCAUCGCGCGCGAAUAGCGUGGUAGGCGACAGCGACUACGACGACCGCAUGGCGGACGACAACGCGGACGGAAUGGGCCGCGGUUGGGAAGUUGACUAA